CCCUUGCACGGUUCCACCCUACUACCCACCCAUCGUCAAUUCAUUUCCGCCUCACCACCAACACAGCCGCAGCCUCAUGCGAAAGAGGUGGAAUCUCGAAAUCGACCCGUCUCUACAAGCAAACCAAAAUUUUAAAAUUUCGGCUACGCUGUUAGAGUCCGUCUCUGACACUCUGUGUGGAGUGUGGUGUCAUGGGGAUGGAGGCGAUGGUGAAGAGGUAUCAGCAGAGGUUCAGGAAGGUGAAGGAUGAGAUGGAUAGCUGGGCCCUGCUUCAGUCUCGCUUGAUUUCGCAGUUCAGGAACGCCUCCUCCAUCAUCCAGAGGUUGCAGGUGCUUCAAGAUUCCAAGAACUACGGCCGUUUGAAAGAUGUCGUUGGUAUUGAAGAGGCACUACUGGCAAAGCAGAUGGAAUCAUUGCAAAACAUCUUCCUUUCCAUGAAGAAAACCAUGGAAGAGUUUCAUGCUAUUGUACUGUCUCUUGGGAAGAUCCAUCGUGAUGGUAGGCAGAUGGUAAAAGGCGGUGCUUCUGGUCAGCUGAGUGUAAAACAACUGCAGCAACGAAUUGGUGUAAAGCCCAGUCUUGCAGAUUGCUUAGAUGGGCUUAUGCUUCUCCAGGACAUGCAUUGCUCUGAGUACCUUUUGAAGUCAUCAUUGGUUUCAGCACUGUCAGAACUGACCUUGAAACCCAGUGACAGUGAUUUGGGUGCACUCCAGCAGCUCUUGGUUGAUCAGCCUAACAUCCCCAAGGAGGAAGUUCAAUUCAUCUUUGAUAUCAUAUUUGCAGAAGAAAUCUGUUGAUGUUCUCUGAAACAUUUCUGCCAGCUUUCCUAGAUCUGGAAGGAAGAAUUCAUUGAAAACUCGAAACCAGUCAACACAUACUUGUACUCAAACGUACCAUUAAUUCAUGCAAGAGUUAUUUGAUUUGGAAAGUACCAGUGAUGAGUUAGACAGCAAAAGGUCCCUGCAACGUUUUAUGUUUGGAAGGGCCCCAGACGGAGAAUUCAUUGUAACUUGAACUCACCAGUAUAUUCCUGGAAUUGACGCAGCAGAAGGUUGGGAUACGUAAGUUGCUUGCCUCUGAAGAAACGACGUGUAUCAGCACUUCUGUAAAUUCUCAGUCCAUGAUGUUGAGUUGAGUUAUUAACAUUGUGCCUAUUCGAUUAUGAUUUUCGGGCCUCGUGUGUGAGCCGUUUGUCCAGUGUGGCACGGACUGCCGGGGAUCAACUACCCUUUACUUUUUUAUCCGAGUAAAUCCCAUAACUUUGAGAUGGUUUUCUUGUUCUGGUAUAUAGUAAGAUGAAUAUGCCUGAAGCUA